GCAUCCGCACAAGUUGGCCCGGCAAACGCGUCUUGCAUCGGGCACGUGUUCGUCCUUCUGCGGUGGAUAUCCGCACAGCACUGCAGCGCUGCAGCGCAUGAUGCACCCGUCCGUUGCGACCACCAUUUUUGCGAGUUUCGCCAAUGCCUCUCCAGGCCGGGAAGCGGAUCGAGAGGAGGAGAACACACAAGGAGAGAGACGAGGUAGAGAUGAUGAUCAAGCAAGAGGAAGAAGAAGAGAAGAAGAAGACCCCGCCAUGCCAGCCAACGUUGAUGCCCACUACAUACUAACCACAUCCGUUUCCUCCCGCCGACAGAGUCCUCGUUCACUUGCUCCUCUCGCCGACGGCUCCUUCAUCGCUCCGUCACACCGCCGCCGCCGUCGUCGUCUCCACGAAUUUACCAUCACGACCUGCGGCAGGAUUUUCAUCCUCCUGUUCCCCGUGGCUGCCCCCGCUGUACGGCCCAUGGCAAAGUGCAAGAUGGCAAUUCCCUCACGGAAGGGUGCAUCACAUGUAAAUAUGCAUACACUGGACCCCAUUCCACACACCCCAUUUCCUCCCUUCCUUUCCGUUUAUCUUUUCCCCCGGGCCCCUCCAAUUCCUUUAUGAGUGUGCCAUCUCAACUCUCGAGUUUCGCGUCGCCUCUCGCGUGGGAUAUAUUUCCGUAUGUAUAUCCCAAGAGUACUCUAGAGUCUACGUGUGUGAACGCCGCAGGCCGCAGGCCGUAGCUGCUGCUCGG